AACUUGAAAACCUCCAAAUUUCCUGCUAGCAGUUAAGACAUUGGGCUGUUUCCUUAUUGACAUGUGCCUCUUUGUACUUGUAUAAUUUUACUCUCUCGAUCGCUUCUCAGCCUUUUGGCCAAGAUCAAGUGUAUACUUUUACUCUCUCAGCUGAAUGUGAAUGACAUUAGAUAAAGAUGAUUGACAAUGAUAUUUAUUCUGUAUUACAGUUGUCUACUGAACCUCCAGCCCAGAAUGACUACAGACCGCAGGAAAAAGUUUCUUCUCCCAGGUCCCCUCUCUCGCGCCAUGUGGCAAUAGCUUUGGGACUUCUGAACGCCCUUCUUAUGUGUUUGCUGUUUGUCCCGUGGAUUCUGUGCCAAGGUUCCACUCGUGCCAGUUGUCCUAGUUGCCCAGACUUCUGGGUGAGGUAUGGCGACCACUGUUACUACUUCUCAGUGGAGAAAAACAACUGGGAUUCUAGUCUGGACUUCUGCUUAGCUGAAGACUCCCAUCUCCUUAUGCUUACAGGCAACCAGGAAAUGAGCCUGCUUCAACCUCUCCUCAAAGAGGACUUUUAUUGGAUUGGCCUGAGGAACAAUUCUGGCUGGAGGUGGGAAGAUGGGUCAGCCCUAAACUUUUCAAGGAUUGUUUCAAACAGCUUGAUACAGAAGUGUGGUACCUUCAGCAAAAGUGGUUUCCUAGGCUCUAGCUGUGAGGCUCUUUUACAGUGGGUCUGUAAGAAGGUCAGACUUUGAUGGGUGGAUCUGUCAUAUGGCUCCCUAAAAAGGGGGAGCCAGCCUCUGGGUGCUGGGAUAGUCAUGAGCGUAUAUUUAGUGAAAGCCGAACCUUCUAGAACAUGGCAUUAGAUGUAAGAUUAAUGCGAUUUCCCUGGGACUGAUGGUUUAUUGCUGACUCUCUUUGAGAACAGUUAGAUAUUAACAAUUUAAAGAUCAGAUCUAGGAAAAUUUGUGAAAGAAAAUAUUGUUUUAGUACUUCUCACAGUAGUGACUGAUGCUGCCUUCUUCACCCCCAUUCCCACCAUCUCUGUCAAAAAUGUACCU